CUCGUCAGCUCACAACACAGUCGUUGAUCAACCUUUGAACCGCGGCUAUCAAGACCACAAUCAAAAGGACGGGGAACGACCACUGUUUUCGUCCAUCUUCUAUAAAAUAACCACGUGACUAACACGUUUAUAGUCAAAGUAUCCCGCGGCUCUUCAAGCUGGGCGUCUAUCCUGAAGAGCGCCGUAUAACGAGGUGUACGUUUAAUGUCGGGCAGUCGUGUACCUGUGAACAUAAAUAUUGUGCUGUGCUGCUACAGUAACAGUCCAUGUGCGAUCCAUCUGACUAGCAGAUCCUUUACGCCAGACACAGACCGGAAUUCCAACAGAAAUGGUGCCCCGAUAAGGUUGUAAUUAUACUGUGUGUACAGCGAAAGUGUCACUGGCAGACGACAAUGGUGUAAAACGAAGCUCCACGUCGUUGACAACUAUUUUUGUGUAUGUGGAACACGUUUAUCUUGCCAGUGUCAGUCAAGGCAGGUUUACCACGCUAACGAAGGACCUUUCAUCGCAGCUGACGAGCAGACGACACUUUGUUUUCGUCAUUCGGAGCAGACGGCAAGCUCAGCGUGGGAUCAAAGUAAAUAGAGCGGGGCUACAAAACUCGUUUUUUCAGUAGUCAUCGUCGAGGACGUUACCAGUGAACAUUUUGGACACGAGAAGUUUCCAGUUGACAUCUCGUCACGCGAUUAGGAUACAGGUUCUCCAUUUCCACCGUCUCUCAUGGUUGUCACAAGUGCGUUCCUGUUUACAAUCCUUCUCGAGACAGUCACGGGGUCAGGCGAGGACUUUAACGGCUAUGGCCGAGCGGUGACGGAGGGAGAAGCAGAACACAGCUAUGUCCAGGACGCCCAAGCCGGUCUCUCUCACGUCCUGGAUGAGCUCAAAGCCUUUCAGAAACGUAUUGAACAUUCAAUCCUCCACACGGAGAAAGGAGCGUUCAUCUUGGCUGGAAUCCUCUGUUCCAUUGCCAUGGUGGUGUUAGUGGGCGGGGCUCUCUACUGCCAUUGGUUCGGGAACUAUGUGCCAAAAUACAUCCGGGUGUCUCGAAAAGAUGGGAAGGAAAUUACCGAGGAAGCGGAAAAGGAGGCAAAGAAUGGCCACUUGAAAGGAGAAUAAUGUCAUUAAUUUCAAAAAAGGGAACUGUGAUACCCUGAACACCCAUGCGCAUUGGAAUACACUGAUACGUUUCCUAAAGCGCGUGUUGAAUUAUGAGUGAAUGUUGCAUAGAUUUAUAUAUCUGUUUUGUUGUUGUGAAACUGGUGUUGAUUGAUAUUCUAUUUUGAUAAUGUGCAAAUUCUAUGAACUGUUUGUGCCUUGAAACGAAUUGACAUGCCAGAUCUCACGUGUUGUGUGAAGUUACUGCGUCUUGUUACCAUAGCAACCGAACACCGUGAUUUUUUCGGUUUAGAUCUAUGCAUUGUUUUCCAGUAUAUAUGCCUUUUGAAUGUGAGCUAGAUUACAUCAGAUGUAUGAACUCUUGGCUGUACAGUCAGACAUAUCUGAAUGUUCCGAUGCAAUUUUGACAAGCCUGGAAGCGUUAGCAAAUGUUCUAAUUUAGAACACAAACAUUGUUAAGUUAUAUGUAUAUAAUCACUUUAAAACCUGGCUAACCAGAGCACUAUUCAAAUUCACUCUAUAUAUCAUCCUAAACAUUUGUUCACCAUCUUAAUAUUUACACAGACACAACUAUGACAAAAUAUUGACUAAUCCUUUGUUAGUGAACCAGACUAUAUUAAUUAGAAAUUAUUUACAAAAAGCUAAAUCAAAAUUUUACGAUAACGUUUUUGACACCUAUCUCGUUCGCGUUAUUGACGUUCGUGAUAUACUAAUGUAUAUUAAUAUAGACACGCUCCCUCAGUCAUAUAGUGUAUUUACAUAAACAGCGAUUUUCCAUGGCUCUUUGGUUUGAAAAAAAUCACUGAUGACGUCCUAAGAACCAACGAACUUUGUGAUCGACUUUCAAAAUUAUGUUCUGUUAAAAUCAACCAGUGUUUGAAAAUGACAUCCAACUGACGUUAAGAGUGAAUCUAUUGGUUGUAUUUCUCUGGCUGGAGUAUGCGAUGUUUUCAAUGUCUUUAUCACGGAUGAAGAUACAGUCAUGUCGUUACAUACGGGUAAUUACAUUCAUAAUUAAUUAAUUAAUUUCUUGUGAUAAUUUGUUGUGAAAACAUUUCCGCAUAAAUGUAUGACAUCCUGCCUCGUAUGUGUCAUAUAGUACAAUAUUAGUAUACAAUAUGCAUAUAUACGACACAAAUCGCACAUAGAUAUUUUAAUAAUUUCAGCAUAGCUAAACCAAUGAUGAUAGCACGUACGAUAAAUGAGCUGACGUUAGUUCAGGGGUCUAAGCUCUGGGUAUUUGGCAGUCCUACAAACUUUUUAUAAGUCAUUCAAAAUUGACUUUCUUUGUCUGCAAGCUCGAAGUGUAUCGAUGAAGCAGGUUAUGACAACAUUUCGAAUACACAGACGGAAAUUGACAGCAUCACAUGCGUUUGAUAUACACGAGCACCUUUGUUGGGUUGUGCCUGUCGGCGGAAUUAACCCUUUAAAGUCAGUAUUCGAUGUAAAUUGCGAUUUGUUAUUCGAAUAGAUUCCGUAUCAAAGAUAUUUAGGACUUAUAUAGCACUAUCUGUGUGAAAACGUUAGUCCGACAUUAUUUAUUCAUAUACACCCUGUUUUAUUUUCUAUGACAAUGUUCUUUGUUUGUAAAUAGAGGGAGUUUUUAUACUAUUUUAUUGACAUAAACGACUGAACUUUUAUACGAUC